UCACCGCCUAAUCUCCACACUGUAAACCCUUCUUUCUUCUCCAUCUCAUCUCAUUUCAUUUCUCUCUCAUCACCAUCAAUGGCUGGAAGCGGUGUAGUAGCAGUCUACGGUAAUGGAACCCUAACCGAGGCUAAAACCUCCACCUUCUCCGUCAAGGUCGGCCUCGCUCAAAUGCUCCGCGGCGGCGUUAUCAUGGACGUCGUUAACGCCGAACAAGCCCGAAUCGCCGAAGAAGCCGGCGCUUGCGCCGUCAUGGCUCUCGAACGUGUCCCCGCCGAUAUCCGCGCCCAAGGCGGUGUCGCACGUAUGAGCGACCCUCAACUCAUCAAAGAAAUCAAGAAUGCCGUCACAAUCCCUGUAAUGGCCAAGGCUAGAAUCGGCCAUUUCGUUGAAGCCCAAAUCUUGGAAGUAAUCGGUGUAGAUUACGUUGAUGAGAGCGAGGUUUUAACUCUAGCCGACGAAGAAAACCAUAUCAACAAGCAUAAUUUCAGGGUUCCAUUCGUUUGCGGCUGUAGGAAUCUCGGCGAGGCUCUUAGGCGUAUCCGUGAAGGUGCGGCGAUGAUUAGGACAAAGGGUGAGGCAGGAACAGGGAACGUGGUUGAAGCUGUUAGACAUGUGAGAUCUGUUAUGGGUGAAAUUAGGGCUUUGAGGAGUAUGGAUGAUGAUGAAGUUUUCACUUUUGCGAAGAAGAUUGGUGCACCUUAUGAUCUUGUGAUGCAGACGAAACAGCUUGGGAGGCUUCCGGUGGUUCAAUUCGCGGCCGGCGGUGUUGCAACGCCGGCGGAUGCUGCUCUUAUGAUGCAGUUGGGUUGUGAUGGAGUUUUUGUUGGGUCGGGUGUGUUUAAGAGUGGUGACCCGGCUAAAAGGGCUAGGGCUAUUGUUCAGGCUGUGACCCAUUAUAGUGACCCACAGGUUCUUGCUGAUGUUAGCUGUGGAAUUGGUGAAGCUAUGGUGGGGAUUAAUCUUAAUGAUAAAAAUGUUGAAAGAUAUGCCAACAGGUCAGAAUAGAAAGGAGGUGAUGAAUUCUGAUGAAUUCUGAUGAAGGUGAUGAAUUUCUUUUGAUUAAUCACAGCAAUUUCAAUAGCAGAAAGAUUUGAAUAAUGUUUGCUUUGUUUUCAGAAUAAGUUUCUUUUGAUUGUAUUGUUGAACUAUAUUAUUGUUGGUUGUGUUGUUUUAGAUACAAAAACAAAGGUUUCUGCU